AUGAAGGAGAAGCAGAAGAAGGAGGCCAAAGAGAAGGAGGAGGCCCUGAAGGAAGCCACCCGAAUGGAAGCCGCCAGAAAGGAGGAGGAGGCGAGGUCCAAGACCCUGUCUGUCCACGCCGCGCCCAUGGAGGCCCGACCUGCGUUAGCCCAGGUGCCCCCCAUGCAUUAUGGCGCCCCGGCACCGGUUCAAUACCAACAGCCGGCUUAUCAAGCCUCGCCCCCUCCCGUGCCCGCGCCGGCACCCCCAGUUUCCUCGUGGCAGCAGCCACCUCAGCAGCAGUACUAG